UCUACAUUAAUAAAAACAUAAAUGGAAAAAGACAUCGUAGAGACCGUUCCCAAGGAAGAGGAGGAAUAUGAAGUAGAAAAAAUUCUCGCUCACAAAAUAGUGAGAAUCAAGAACUUAAAGACAAUCAAGUACUUUAUCAAGUGGUUAAACUACGAUGAAGCAGACAACACUUGGGAAAAACAAGAAAACGUAUACGCUAUCGACAUGAUUGUCCAGUACUGGACCAACAUUCCUAAAACCGACAAGGAUCGCAUGCUUUUCGAGUCUUUGCAAGCAAAGAAGGAAAACCCCAUUAUUAUACCUUCACCUGUAAAAGUAGCCAAAGUCAUUACAGCCUCUCCUUCACCUCCUUCUUCACCCGUCUUACAACCCACACUCACAGAAAAACCCUCCAUCGCUUCCUUCUUUACUCCAAAGAAACAAGAGGAACGCGCUCCUAUUGCAUCCUCUUCUUCCUCAGCUGCUGAUAAAUUAACACCAGCAAAGGAGAAACCUCAAACCACCAUCGAUACUUUUACAUUAUCUCCCACACCACCACCGCCAACACCAGCAGCAACAGCAACACAAGCAACACCAGCGAGUGUGAGUGUGAAAGGCAAGGAGAAGGAAGGAACGAUAGUCUUGGAAAAACCCACCGUGAUUGAGGUCCUUUCUACGACCUCUUCUGAGAAUGGAAUCGACGACGUCGCCGCAGAAAUGGAUAAAGCUGCGGAAGAAUAUAAAAUCGCAACCGCUUCUUCCGAAGACGAUAACAAUGGGGAUGAACAUGAUGAUUCCGUCUUUAAUAACAGCAAAAAGCGUACUCGCAGCACUUACACAGAUUACUUUACCGAACAAUACAAAAAGAAGAAGAGAAUUGGGAAAGCACCUGUUCGUCAGACUGAAGAGGAAAUCGAGUCUAGUGCAAGUGACAGCCCAAAGGAACAGGAUACAAUCAUUUUCGAUCAGGCAUUCACUACUGACCCUGUACGUGAUUGGAGUGAAUUAGCUGUCAAAAUUGAAUACAUAGGCAAGGAAGUCGAUGGGGGUCCUAUCUACUGCGCUGUAAAAUGGCAAGUUAUUUUUCCUCUUUCUAUUUUUAUAGUCAAACCUUAUUAGUGCUCAUCUUUUCUUUUAUUUUUAUAGGAAGGAUCACGCGGUAUCCCUUCACAGUCUGGAUUUGGUCAGAACAAAGAGACCUGAUUUGGUUAUAGAUGCUUUUGUCAAAUCCGUCUUCAAUGAAUAAACUUGCCUUUUUUGAAACAAUAUGAAUUACGCGCAACCUUCAUUUAAGACUGCGCCCACAAAUCUGAUAAACAUUUUUUUUUUUUCAUUUUCUUUUUCUU